UCAGAAAACUGUGAGAAAAGCUUUUCUCAGGAAAUAAUAUCCCCACCCCUCACCUCUAUCCCGAUUCCCGGCUGGGCGACCACUGUAGGGGCUCCAAGGGCGUCACCAGCUGGCACCCCGGCCUGCAGGGGAAAGUUCGGUUCUGGACACUGGUUUCUGUUCCUCAAAGGCCCGGAAAAGGAUCACGCUCAUCAGGAAGUUUCAGCAGGCAUCCCGGGUCCUCGGCCUCAGCUCCCGGGUGACUUCUUGGGUCACUGGCCUCCCGGACCUCACCCGCAGGCCUGGCCCGGACGAUGGGCGCCUGGGCCCGACGCGCGCUGCUGCUGCUGCUGCUUCUCGUGGGGUCCGCGGCCCCGCAGGGGCGACAGCCGCGCUACCACACUCUGUACUACCUCUUUAUGUGUGCCUCAGAGCCUGAGCGUGGGCUGCCCUUUUUUGAGGCACUGGGCUACAUGGAUGACCAGCUGUUUGUGUACUACAAUCACGAGAGUCGCCGUGCUGAGCCCCGAGCGCAGUGGAUUGGUGCCAGGACCUCAAGCAGGCUGUGGCUCCAGCUCAGUCAGAGCUUAAAAGGGUGGGAGCAUAUGUUUACUGUGGACUUCUGGACUAUCAUGGACAACCACAACCACAGCAAGGAGUCCCACACCCUGCAGGUGAUCCUGGGCUGCGAGGUGCAGGAGGACAACAGCACCAGGGGUUUCUGGAAGUAUGGGUAUGAUGGGCGGGACCACCUUGACUUCCGCCCUGAGACACUGGAUUGGAGAGCAGCAGACCCUGCAGCUCAUGCCACCAAGCUGGAGUGGGAAGGGCACAAGAUUCGGGAUAAGCAGAACAAAGCCUACCUCGAGAGGGACUGCCCGGAGCAGCUGCAAAGGUUCUUGGAGCUGAAGAAAGGGGUUCUGGACCAGCCAGUACCUCCUUUGGUGACGGUGACACACCAUGUGGCCUCUUCAGUGAGCACUCUACGGUGUCAGGCUCUGAGCUUCUAUCCCCAGAACAUCAUCAUGAGAUGGCUGAAGGACAGGCAGCCACUGGAGGCCACAGAGGGUGGGCAGAAGAAUGUGUUGCCCAAUGGGGAUGGGACCUACCAGGGCUGGGCGGCCUUGGCUGUGCCCGUUGGGGAGGAGCAGAGAUACAGCUGCCUCGUAGAGCACCCAGGCCUGGACCAGCCCCUCACAGCCACCUGGGAGCCUUCGCCAUCCACUGCCCUGGUCACUGGAGUCAGCACUGGCAUCACUGUCUGUGUCAUCAUCGUCUUUAUUGGAAUUUUGUUCCAAACCUUCAGGAAGAGGCAGGCUUCAAGGAGAGCCAUUCAGGACUAUGUCUUAGCCAGAUGUGAAUGACUCACUGCCUGCACACCUGUCCUGUGGAGAAGACACAACUGGAGAUUCAAAGAGAGAACAUCCUGGUGGAGUUCUCCACAGUUUAGGACAGGAGGACUUAACCACUAGAAAUUGCCCAAAUAACUCUUUGCUUUUAGGGUUUCCCUGUUCACAUUCUUAAAACAUCUUCAUCAUUAACUCUCUGAGUUGCUACAUCUCCAUGACCUCCAGUAUUGACUUUUCUUCUAGAACUUGUUUGCACAAAUCUCAAACUGUAUCCUGAAGCUCCCUUCAUUUUUUUCUCCAUCACCUCAGAUCCUGUACACCUACCUAAACUAUCUCGUCUCCAACUUCUGGAAGGUUUUUUAAACUUGGGAAGCUCAUGUUUAUUUUUAAGAUCUGAGAAAAACUUUACCCAGGGACAUGGACACUUGUACUCCUAUUAGAAUUUUGUACAUGUAUCCUGGCAUCCAGGAUCCACUCAACUUUUUCUUGUGAGGCCCCUUUCUCUGCUCUUCAGUAAUUCGCUGUCGCCAAGCCCUGGCUUCCCUUCCUUCACAGCAGGAUCUGGGUCACUGCCUAGCUGUGAGGGCUGCACACUGCUCCAUCUAAAGCGGCACUUUUCCUGGAAAAAAAAAAAAAAAAAAAAGUGGAUGUUUUGUGUGCUUUGUUGGUUUCACAGCAGAGAGAAAGGAAGUAUCUUAAAGGGGAUGUUCCAGUUUAUUCAAAGGCAAUGUAAAAGUUUUCAAAGAUUAGUGACACCGCAGUUUUGGUCCCACCCCAGCAUGCUGGACCUUAAGUACCAUUGCUACUGUCCUAUAAUGAAAAUCAUGGAGAGGAUAAAUACAAUAAUGAUACUGUGGCUGACACUUAUUUUUAAAAAGCAUGUACUAUCAUAUUCUGUCAUGCAAGCUGCUUAGAGGAAUUACUGCCUGCAAUUGUUCUAAUAUUUUAUGAGGUAAGUAUUUAAUCUUCUGCCCCCUUCAUAGUGGCGAACCUAUGGAAGACACACUGCAGCCAGCUGUUAUCAUUGAAAGCUCUAAAAGGGUCGCCAUCACUGGUCUAGAUGAAGAAAGAGGAGUAUAGAGAAUUUCAUGGCUUUCCCAGGCCAGGUAGCCUCCUACUCAGCCAUUCAGCAGUGUGUGGUUUAUGCUAGUCCUGUAACAUCCCAAUGUACAGAAGGGGGGUAGGUGGAAGAGGAGGAGACAGCUCUUCUCCGUGAACUUGAUCCAGAUGAAGAGAACCAGCACCAUGCAAUCUAUUGGCCUCAGCUACCGUUUUCUUAACCAAAUAGGCUGGACAGACUCCCUAGAUCCUCCAUCGUGCUGUCCCCAGCCCUGAGGACUGGGGUCAGUGGGGUUUAAUCCAUGAGUAUGCUGGACCUCACAUUGUCCUUCCCUGGCCAGUGUCUGUGGGGUCAGAAUCCUACUGAUUCCUCUGACCAACUGUACCUAAGAAGAUGUCAAGGAAUCUUCUUGGGGAGGCUUGGGGUUUUGACUAUGUUUUCUAGCUGCAGACAUUUGAAAUAAUUUGAACCAAGCCAUUUGGAAAUAGCUGAACUCUGGGAAAGGCCUUUAUCCAAAUACAACCAUAAAAAUAACAUACAUGGAUAUCCAGCCAUACGACACAUGCUUACUUUAUGUGCUGCAUAUAUUGGCCACACAACUGUGGCACAAGCGUUAUGUUGGGGGCAGGGAACUGGCUCAAGGGACCAAAUGCAGCUCCAAAGGUUUCAAAUCCCAGUAUAAAUCUCAACUUCUAAAAACUUCUUCUGUUUAUGAAAGUUACAUACAAAAAUGUAAAAAUGAUUUGCACUUGUGGGAAAGCUGAAAAAUGAGUAACACUAAAGCUAUAAUUUCAUUAGUUUUUAUACCCUAUUAACAACUUCCAUAAUAUUUCUUAGAACCAUAGUACUGUGUUAAAAUGUAUAAAAUUAACAUAUUUUAAUAAAUGUAUGCUUUUUACUGCAUGAUUUUACCAAUAUUCUUCUCCCUCUUACGCACAUACUUAUAAUGUCAUUUGGGUACACUGAUAGUGCUCAUAACUUUGUCUUACAUUUUGUUUCAUGGAAUGUCUUCAUUAAAAUGUGUUAACUGAAUUGUUUCUCUUCACUGUAGGGACAGUAAUACUGAAGUUGUAAUGCACUGUCUUAGCGCCAAGUCAAGCUAGCAGCACACUGACGAGUACUUUCUCUGUAAAUAUCAGUGUAUAUUCAAAGCAGGGUGACAAAGGUCUUGUCUUCCUCGUACUCUUAUUCUUCUACGUCAUGAGUUCCACUUUGGUUUGGUUUUAUUACACACAGGCUGAGAUAGCGAGAAACACCAGUCUUCACCAUAAGUGAUUUUAGUCAAUUUUUUAUGCCAUAGAAAUAAUAAAUUAAUAACAUAAUAAUGAAACUCACUUCUUGUUAUUUCUGGCUUUAUAAAUUUUUAAAAUCAACCACAUUUCAAAAGUCAAAAGCUGACAUUUUCAAUCCCUUACUGUAUCGCCUCACUUCUGGCAGGGUGGCUGGAAGGGCGAGGGUGCCCCCUGGUGGCUUUGGUAGGAUGCACCUCAGUGGUCAGGACCCUGAACAGCUGGUCUGGGCUUUUCCAGCGAGUAAAUGGUUGCACCCACUAGCCGGUAGAAGUGACACCCCUUGUAGAGUUCCUGAAGACCAAAGAAGCAAGGCAUUUACCAGCUCUUUGAAUGAUUGCGAUCCCUGGCCGGUGCUGAGCUCCUGAACUGGUAACAAUGAAGGGACACAAACAACCUGGUAAUCUCUGAGUCGAGUGCAGUGGCUGAUUGAGGCCUGCUGUGAAGGAUAAACUAGAGGUCUCCUGUGCUGUGGUAAUGCAAACUUGACCAAGCUGUGUGUCCACCUUAUACAUUAUAAACCAUUCUUUGGGGAUAUAUGCACAUUUGGAAGCAAAACACUUUUCAUAAAUGCCAAGAUUUCUCAUAAAAUUAUCAGCUUUAAUCUACCAUUCUUUUUCUAACUACACUCUGAUUUAGCAAUGAUUAGUAACCUAAUUCGUAACUUUAAUCAUUCCUGUGUGGGCUGGAGUUUGUAAUUUCCAUUCUCUAUGUAGAAUUUGGUCAUAAUUGUUCUCCCUUUUUGCUUUGGUAAAUAACUCAUUUUCUAAUGUGUAGAACAUUAAUGCAAUAUUAAAGUAUAGUGAUGAUUUUAUUAAAAAGCCUGGCCUGCUAUGAAAUGCUACAUACAUUUACAUUUUAUUGGGCAUUCUGAUAGUUCAGGCAUUCUGCUUCAUAGUAGGUGUUGAAGACAUGGAAAUCCCAAACUGAAAGAUAUCUGGGAUGAGUUUGUGUUUUCCAAAGUCAAAGAAUGAAUUUUAGAGACAACGGAGAUUAAGAGCAGAGAUAUACUUAUUUAAGGAAAGAGAGCUACUAUCUGAGAAAGGAACA